AUGAUGAACUCAGCAGCACCAAUAGACAUUUCAUAUCAACGCACAAAUAACCAGUUUAAUCUCUCGGCAAACUUUGCACCACCCCAACAGCGGUUUCGACGUGAGUCCAUGGCCCAUUCUCAGGGUAUGGGUGGUAUCAGCUGGGGUGGUGUUUCUGUCGGCUCCUGGCUUCGUGAUGACGUCAUGUUCCACAACGCCCCGCCACCUCCAGUUAGUAUGUCGCCAGUCCAUUCGUCGUCAUACCUGCCAAACCUCGAAGCUGAUUUCUGCAAAGAUUAUAGCUGUUGCGGUCUGAUACUACCGACUCUCCAUGACCUACUAAGGCACUAUGAAGAAGCACACAUUUCACCUUCUCCACCAAUAGAACAUGGUCCCAUUAUGCGACGCGUCCAAACAGCCGAAGCCGUGUCUACAAACGAAGUAUUUGUUUCACCAGCAUCCUCUAACGCAGGCACCCCAAUGGCAAUGGAUGAAGACGAUGAUGAGGAAAUGUGCAUUGAUGAUCCUGCUCGACAUCUCUACGUGAUGGAGCGUGGUGAACACAAGCCAUUCAAGUGCCCAGUUAUUGGCUGCGACAAGACAUACAAGAAUCAAAAUGGUCUCAAGUACCACCGGCUGCAUGGCCAUCAGAACCAGACACUGCAUCUCAAUGACGACGGAACAUACUCAGUCAUUGAUCCAUUAUCCAAUGCACCUUACCCAGAGGGUGUUGAACUUGAAAAGGAUAAGCCAUAUCGAUGUGAGGUUUGUGGUAAGCGAUAUAAGAAUCUCAAUGGUCUUAAAUAUCAUAGAGGUCAUUCGACACAUUAA